CGCCGCCAAACGCUCCUUUUGCAGAUUCCCCGUCCGCUGAGCACAGCAGCCCCGCGACGUCCCGGGCGGGAUGCCAGGCGCCGGACGAGAAGGAGCUGCUCGGCCAAGUGCGGAAGGCCAUUGAGUCCAAACUGAAGCUGUCGCUGGGCGAGGACUUGGGCGAGGCCCUGGCAGACGGGGUCGUCCUCUGCCAGCUGGCGAACCGUCUGUGCCCGCGCGCUGUGCCCUUCAUCCACGUGCCCUCGCCGGCUGUGCCGAAGCUGAACGCCGCCCAAAGCCGCAAGAAUCUCCAGAGCUUCCUGGCCGCCUGCCGCCGGCUGGGCGUCCCCGAGGUGUCUCUCUGUGGCGGCCCCGAGAUUGCCCUCCUCCUCCAAGGCCACCUCCGCGGCUUCCUCGGCCUGCUGGAGGCCCUGCUGCCGCUGCUGCGCCCGGCGGCGGGGUCGCCCUUCUCGGCCCACCUCGCCGGCUUUGGCGUCUUCUAUGCCUGCGUCAUGUUGCUGUUGUACUUUGCCUAUUGCCAGCUGUGUGGCUUCUUCUGCUGCUACUGUUGCUGAAGCGCUCGGAUGGCGGCCGACACCUGACGCCAGGAGCGCCCGGCUCCCUGGAGCCCCCCGCGUUCAGCCGGCGGGGUCCCCGACGGAGACGCCGGCGCCCUCCCUUGCCUCACCGUGUUUUUUUGCAAAACUAGCGUCCCGGCUCCGCUCCCCCAAAAAGGCCUCCGUCCGUCGACGGGCGGCCAAGCGGGGUGGCGGGCCGACUCUGAGGGCUCCUUUUU